CUUACUGGGGUCGUGAUCCGUCAGCAAUGGCAGCAGCGGCGGCAUCGAACCCUCUCUUCGGCUCCCAGUUCGCCAUGCCCGGUGGACUGGGUGGCCUAAUGCCAAAUGCAGCGGCGGCCGCAGCAGCAGCCGCUUCCGGUAGCGGAUCGGAUCGAUUUCCGAUGUCUCAUUCGCACCCCAACACAAUGGCUGUGGCCGCCUCCCAAGCUGCUUCCCUCGCCGGUUUGCAUUCCAGUUGGUGGUCCAUGGCUCAGUUGGCCGCACAGGACUACUUCGCCCGGUUGCAGGCGUCCGGUAUGGCUUCUCAGUUACCGUUUCCUCCGGGUGCCGAUCUGGCCGGGGCAUUCCCGGGCGGACUAGGACUCGGGGCGAUGAGUGCUGGUGCCGGAUCACCGGGUGGAGCAGGAGCCAACGGCAAGGGUGGAGGCAGCGGUGGAAAGGCCAAAAAGCGGGAUCGAAGCAGCAAUAGCAGCAGCAGUAGUGCCAGUAGCAGUGGAAUAAACAGCGGUACAGGUGGUGCCAACUCUUAUAAGAACGCUUCUUCUCCUUCGGUAUCGCAGGCGGCCGCAGCCGCCGCUUACAAACAAUCUCUCUAUAGUCAAGCAACCUUGCAGAAGGAGCUGAUGGCAAUCACGGCCGCGGCUGCAGCGGCGCAACAGAAUUCACAACAGAUGUCCUCUGGCAUGGGAUCCGGUGGAGGUCAAUCAGUUUCAUCGAAAUCCAAAAACUCCGGCGGAAAUAGCGGCAACGGAGGACGAAACAGCGGCAGCAAUGCGGGAAACGAUAUUCUUAGUCUAAGCCGAGCAUCGUCCGCUUCGCCCUCGGUCAACUCAUCCGCAAAAUCUCAACCAUCGCCAAGCGUCACGAUUAGCGCCAGCAAUAUUCCCGGUUCCAGUUCUCUCGGGAACCACAUGCAGAAUCUCUCUCGAUCCGGAAAGGAUGGUGGAAAGAACAACUCAGCAGCGGAUUUGGGCUUAAGUGCAUCGAUGAACGCACUGAGCACGCUAUCGCAGUUCGGCAAUUUGGAUCUUUCUACUCAGCAAAACGUCACUGCCACCAUGAAUGCUCUGGCGGCCAGUUCUGCGAAAGCCAAGGACUACAUGUCCUCCGGAAUACUCAACGAUCCGUCCUCACUUUUGGGAGUGCGUUUACCACCGGAUACCGAAAUCAUCAAGUAUACCAGCUCCAAUAUAGGAUCCAAGUCUUCUGGAUCGAGUAGUCGUUCAGCGAAACGAGCUCGGAUGGAAGCAAACGAUUUCGGACAGUCUCCAACUGGAACCGGUUCCUUAGGUGGCAACACCGGUAUCGGCGGAGGCAUCCUUCCCGGGCUAGGAAGCGGUGGGUCAGCUAGUAGCUCCGGUGGCACCGGCGGAAAUAACGAUCGAAUAGAAGUGAUCAAACUUCCUCCUACGAUUACAUCCAAUGGUGUUUACAACUCUACGAAAGGAAAAGACUCGAUACAGGAUUCGCUAAGCGAUUGGGCCGGAUUAAAUCUUAGUACAAAAUCCACGUCAUCGAUUGCGUCAUCCUUGGCGGCUGCAGCGGCAGCUGUGGCAGCAGCUAGCGAAUCUCAAGACGAUGUUCCGCUCAACUUGUCCAUGAAAUCAUCCAAGGGAUCUGACUCUCCGGCCCCUCCUUCCGGUCUCGGGGUAUCUGCAUCUACUGCCAAUAGUCUGCAAAGUCUCAGCACAAUUACGGCCGCUCUGGGCACUUCCGGUGGUUCAGGAACUGGAGGUUCGGAUGCACCACGAUCGCGCCGCAAAUCGAACAACAAAAACCGCUCGUCGGGUCUCUCGAUGGCGGACGGCGGUGUUUCGGGAUCUGGUUCCUCGCUCGGCGCCACUUCCGGUGGCGGACUGAACAGCACCAUCAGCUCGUUGCUGUUGGCCGCCGGUGAUCCGAGCGGAGCCUCGACGGCUGCUGGCCAGGGUGGAAGUUCCUCCGCCUCCGGGGCCGGUACGGCGGGAUCCGCGGCUGGUGGCAGCUCUGCCGGUGGCGUUAACAACCACCUGGCUGCCCAGCUGGGACUCAACAGUUCCCUGUCCGAGCUGUUGAAGAUCUCCAAUUACGACGACUAUGAUUACGCGGCGCUUGGUGGAUCUCAAUUCAAGGAAGGUCGUCCUCGCAACCUGGGUCGUGGAGUAUCCAAACCUAAGAAAAACACGGUGGCAUCCUUGCUGGCCCAAUCUCGAGCCGUUGGUUCCAAACCUCUAACUGCCCAGCAGCUGCUCACACAGGAAGCUGAAAUAGAAAAACUUCGCCAGGCGAUGAUCGAAGCUAGUCAAUCGAUGGACAGUACCUCAAACACCAACACGGACACGGAAAGCGUGGCCGAAAGUGGCAUGUCCGAAUCGGAAGGUGAGGAGCAAAUCAACGUCAAGGAACUCCGGGUGCCGCUGGAGAAGGGCUGGCGCCGGGAAACGGUCAUCCGAGGGCUGACUAAGAACGGGCAGAUCAAGGGCGAUGUGUUCUACUAUCCGCCGCAAAGCAUGAACAAGAUGAAGGGCAUGAAUCAAGUUCAACUGUAUUUAGAUCAAUUCAAACCGAAGGACUUGAACCGGGACAACUUCAGUUUCUCGGCCAAGGCAAUUGUUGGUACUUUCCUGCAACCGGCACCUCCUCCGUACGCCACCGAUGGGGAGUACAUCAAGAUGACCGAUGUGGAAGUGGCACGAAGGCUGGAGGAGCUCAAAAUGUUCACCCGGCACACCGCACUGGGAGUGGAGCAGCGAAUUGAAAUCGCCAAGCAGCAGCAAGCCCUUCGCGAUGCCAAAAAGAUGGCUAAGGAUGAAAUCAGCAAAAAUAAAGAAAAGGCUCGUCAGGCUAAAGAGGCUGAACGUAAUGAACGGUUAGAACAGCAGCGGAAAGAACGAGAACUGAAAAACCAACAAGCUUUGGAGGCUAAAAAGAAACGUGAGGAAGAACUGGCACGUCAAAAGGCAGAAGAAGCCGCCCGGAAGCAACAGGAGAAAGAACAGAAACGACAACAGGCACUGUUACAAAAAGAACAGGAAAUCGCCAAACAGAAAGAGCUGAUGUACGCUGUAGAAAUGGAACGGGAACGACGGCGGCAGCAUAUGGCUCUGAUCAAGCAACUCGAGCUGCGAAGAAAGUUUGAAGACAAGGAGAAAAAGAAACAUCAG